UCGGGUUUAUAAAAAAAAAUCGGAUUUAUCUUUAAAAAAAUUCAGAUUUAUCUAUAAGAAAAAUCAGAUUUAUCUUAAAAAUAUUAAAAAAAAAAUUCUUUCAAAUUUGAGACAGGUUCUAGUCGAUUUCAACAUAUCAGAGAAAGACUUUAAACAUUCAAGAACAAGUUUCUAAUGCAAGCAAACAAUCAGAUUAAGUUGAUGCAGCGGUCGGAUAUGUAAAAAAAAUUGGUGUAAUUGUCAACCUAAAAGGUUCUAGCAAUUAACUCACAUCAGGAAGAUUAAAAAAAAUCAAACAAGCUUAAACAGGGUGAAACAAGACGAGACUUAAGCUUUGAAAAAUAGAUUAGGGUUUUAGAUUUUAUUCUGCAAAGUCAUACGGCUAGAUGUAGUUGUAUGUAUGCGGCUGAGGGUUUAAAUCCUUUUUGGUUUUGUUUUGAAUUUUCUGAAGAUACCUGAACCUUUUGUGAUGAGUUGAACGGUCUGUGAGGAGAGAGAGCUGCUGCUGGUUGCUGACAGAGAGAAAAGGAGGCGACUGGAAGAGCUUUAGGAGUCGCCGGAAAAUAGCAAGAGAUCGUUUGGUUUCUAAUUUAUGGGUGGUGGAUUUUUGGAAGGGUUUAGAGACAAGGUCGUGCUGAUAACGUGUUGUUAAUGAAGAGUUAAUGAAGAGGGGAACUUGUGUGUAUUAUUAGGUCGACCAACUGGUCUUUAUAUACAUAUGGUAAUGACGGUCUAAGUACUGGAUCGACAUAAGAUCGUACUUAUCCUUAACUAGAUAAUGACUAGCAAUACGUAAGAUAAACACCAACUAUAAUAUAGAUAAACAUAAGAGUAGAAAGGCGCCAGUAUGAUCCUGCGGAUGGGCUUGGCCCGUACACGGGCUGAUAAAUGGGUCGAUCACUAAAUGGUUUAUAACAGUUUCAUAUAUAUUUCAAGAGGAAGAAGGUGUCACGGGAGGUUUCCACUUUCUAGGUAUUUACCUAUUCUAUGUAUCUCUUCUGAUUCCAAGUACAAGUACUUGUUCGAUUUCAAAGAAGUCAUAUUGUGAACAAUAGUCUGAAGCUUUUAGCUGUCGAUGAGUUUGGUUUUGUUUUCUCUUUAAUCUUUGUGGUUUGUGUACCACGCUAGGGUUUACUUCGACCUUUUUUUUCCAACCUUGUGCUGUUUCUUAUGACUUAUUUGUUAGUUUCAUGAGAAAUACACAUACUUUACGAUUUAACAUUCCUUGUUUGUAUUUUCAAUGUUCUUAGGUUUUUCGUGUCUGGUUUGGGGCUUCUCUUGCUUUGACAGCUAAAUCAUGGAUAUGAUAAGUAAAUUGCCUGAAGAUCUUCUCUUGAGAAUACUGUCAGAACUGCCUACUGCUAAGGAUGUUGUGGCCACUAUGGUUUUGUCAAAACGUUGGCAGCCUCUUUGGAAGUCAGUGCCAAAACUUGUGUUCGACGACGACGACGAUAGGUAUCAAAAUAUCGAUACUAUAAGGUUUUCGCGCUUUGUUGACUAUUUUUUGAUUCUGCACGAGGCACCGAUAGAAACUUUGCAUUUCGAACUUACUCAAACUUUUGAUGUCCUUGAUAUUGUAUUAUGGAUUACAAUUGCUGUUCAACGUCGUGUGCGUUACCUGAAAAUCAAUAUCGACUGUGCUUCCAGUACAACUCCUGUUAUACUCCCAAGGAGUUUAUACACAUGCUGUGGAAUGCUUGUGACUUUGAAUUUAACGAGUGUGACUCUUACGGAUGCUUCUACCUUGCCUUCUUUCUCAACCCUCAAAACUUUGAGGCUUUUAUCUGUGAAGUACCCCGGUGAUGAGUUUGUCAGGAGGCUUUUAUCCAGUUGUCAUGUUCUUGAAGAUUUGGAAGUGGAACAAUGUAACGAUGACAAUGUUACGAUUUUCACAGUUAAGGUUCUUUCCCUCAGGACUGCAUCUUUGUAUAAAUCAUCAGACAGAUGUACAGAAGAUGAAGAUGGAUUUGUGAUAUAUGCUCCUUCUUUGGAGCUAUUGGAACUUUAUGAUUAUAGUGGCAGUUUUUGUAUCGUUGAGAAAGAUAUGCCUAAUAUUGUAGACGCAGAUGUUUUCGUUAAUCAUUACCCUUCUACGGAAAUUCUGAGUUCUAUUACUUCAGUGAAGCGUCUCGAUUUAUGUUUAUCAUACUCAAAGGAUGCAUAUUCUGAUGGUAGUGUCUUCCACCGUCUUGUGCAUUUAAAGAUAUGCACAUGUGCGACAGAAUGGUUGAAUCUACUUAUGUGUGUACUCAGAGAUUCCCCUAAGUUAAGGGCCAUCAAACUCCGACAGUGUCAUGACAUACGUGAUGAACAACCGCGCCCCUGCUGGAAUGAACCGAAAUCAGUUCCUGAAUGUUUGAUAUCGAGUCUUGAAACUCUUAAAUGGGUAAAAUAUGAAGGAACAGAAGAACAAAAAGAAGUAGCAGCAUUCAUAAUAAGGAAUGGAAGAUGUUUGAAAAAGGUGGCUAUCUCCUCGGAAACCACUGCCUCCGACAAGAAACUUGAGAUGCUCAAGGAGUUAUCUUUGUUCUCUAGGCGUUCACCCAACUGCCAUCUAGCAUUCGACUGAAGCUUUACAUCUUGUUGGUUCGUUUUGAUCUGAAUCUCAUCAGAUAUGCUUAUUACAGUUUUUGCUAUUUUUCUUUUCCCUUUCUUUUCCUAAUUAUUUGAGGGUUAUGAAUUUCUUAUGUUUCCUCUUUAUUCUCUGCCUAGAAGAAAAAUACAUAAAAGCAUCAUCAUCCCUAGUAGUCAAGAAGAAUAUAUGCGUACGUUUUUUUUUUUUUGUGGCAAUGACUGUCGGGUCCAAAGAUGUUAUUUAGCAAUUUAACUAUACACUAGACGUUGACUCGCUCGACGGCCCUGAUGUUUGUAAGAAUUUUAAAAUUUAAAUUUUUGGUCAGAAUAUUUUGAAAUGAAAAAGAUCAAACAAAAGCUAAAAUGAAGAUGUAUGUUUUUUGGUUGUCAAACAUAAACAAAAUCUGAUAAAGCGCUUGGAAGUUAACAUAAGUUUGCACAAUUUUAAAGGGCUAACAUAUUUUUCUAAGAACAUAAAUAAUUAGUUACAAAUUGUAACUGCAAGAAUAUAUAAUCGUACUGUUCUUUGCUGUUACACGAGGCUCCAGUUCUAGAAUGUUUGCGUUUAAAACUUGAUCGGGAGUCUGGUACUGCUGUAGAUAUUGGGUAUGGGUUAGAACAGCUGUUAAACGCUCUGUGCAUGAGUUAGAUAUCGACAUUAAUACCCCUUGCAUUUUGACUCCGGUCAUUACUUCCAUGGAGCUGGUAUGCCGGAGGAUGUAGGAUGCUUGUGACGUUGAAACUAAGUAACAUGACUCUUGUCUUCCUUGCCAGCUUCUUUCCCAUCUUUUAAAAAUUUGAGCCUUGUAAAGAUGAAAUACCCGAGUGAGGAAUUUAUCAACAAGCUUUUAGCUAAUUGUCCUGUUCUUGAGGACUUGGCAACAUGUUUUCUCAAGAAAGUAAAAUUUUGUCAUUAGUAUUUUUUCAUAUAUAUCCUCUUAGAAAAAUCUAAGAAAGUAAAAUUUUGUUGUUAGUGUUUUUUUCAACGAUUUUCCUAGUUUUAACAAUAAAGUAUAUAAUUAUUAUAUAAAUUGUACUAUUUAUAAUUAUAUCAAGGUUAUAAAUAUAUGUUUUAAUACAAUAAAACUAGGUGUUUCGCGCGCAUGUGCGGGCAUAGAGAUUUUAUAAUUACUUAUUAAUACAUGAAUUACUAAUUAAAAAAUUACAAUUUUAAAUUAUUAUUUAUGUUUUCAUUGAAAAUUCUUAUCUAUUAGAAAUUUUUAAAAUUCCUUUGUACACUAUAUUCAUUAUUAAUAGAUAAUAUAUAAAUCUUAGAUAUACUCUUUCAAUUAUAUAGAAUUAAUAAUUUUACUUAAUAUUUAGUUAUGUAUUUUCUGUUUUUAAACUUUUAACCAUUUUAUUAAAAUAUAUAUUUUGCAUAACAACACAAUAUUGUUC